AUGGCGGGGAACAGCAGGGCCAGGGCAAGGACAGGCGGGGAACAGCAGGGGCAGAGCAGGGACAUGGCGGGGAACAGCAGGGGCAGGGCAAAACAGAGCGGGGAACAGCAGGGGCAGAGCAGGGACAUGGGGGAACAGCAGGGGCAGGGCAGGGACAUGGUGGGGAACAGCAGGGGCAGAGCAGGGACAUGGCGGGGAACAGCAGGGGCAGGGCAAGGACAGAGCAGGGAACAGCAGGGGCAGGGCAGGGACAGAGCAGGGAACAGCAGGGGCAGGGCAGGGACAUGGUGGGGAACAGCAGGGGCAGAGCAGGGACACGGCGGCGUACAACGGGGCAGAGCAGGGACACGGCGGCGAACAGCAGAGGCAGAGCAGGGACACGGCGGCGACAGCGGGGCAGAGCAGGGACAUGGCGGGAACAGCAGGGGCAGGGCAAAACAGAGCGGGGAACAGCAGGGGCAGAGCAGGGACAUGGCGGGGAACAGCAGGGGCAGGGCAGGGACAUGGUGGGGAACAGCAGGGGCAGAGCAGGGACAUGGCGGGGAACAGCAGGGGCAGGGCAAGGACAGAGCAGGGAACAGCAGGGGCAGGGCAAGGACAGAGCAGGGAACAGCAGGGGCAGGGCAGGGACAUGGUGGGGAACAGCAGGGGCAGAGCAGGGACACGGCGGCGUACAACGGGGCAGAGCAGGGACACGGCGGCGAACAGCAGAGGCAGAGCAGGGACACGGCGGCGACAGCGGGGCAGAGCAGGGACAUGGCGGGAACAGCAGGGGCAGGGCAAAAACAGAGCGGGGAACAGCAGGGGCAAAGCAGGGACAUGGCGGGGAACAGCAGGGGCAGGGCAGGGACAUGGUGGGGAACAGCAGGGGCAGAGCAGGGACAUGGCGGGAACAGCAGGGGCAGAGCAAGGACAGUUCAGGAGACAGCGGGGGCAGAGCAAGGUAAAUCAGGGGAAGGAAGGCACGGGAAGGCAUGCAAGGGGAAGGCAGGGCAGGGCAUGGGUGAACAUGGAAUGGAAGAGCUGAGUAGAACACACCUGGGUAGAGCAGGGCAUGGAAAGAGCAGGGCAUGGCUGGACAUGGCAGGUGAGAGUAGGUAUUAG